AGCUAACUUCUGAAAACAAGGUACGGAUUGUGCGAUAACAUAAAGGAUUACCUAGGAUACGUGCCUGAGACUACCGUUACUCCGUGCAAGCAAGCAUAACAUAUGGGCUUCGUAAAAGAGAACGCUAGCCUAUUACGGUGCUCUUAGUUAAUAAGACAUCUACCGAAAUGACAACGGACGGAGCAUCAAAUGGCGGGGGGUCAGCAGAUUCUAGCUUGCUGUUGGGACGGGCUGGCUGUCCCGUCUGGCUGAACCCGGAGCGCUUCCUGGAGGCUGACUUUAUUGUUGACGCGUGUGUUGCUGAUCUGAGGCGCUUUGUGCCCCUCGCGACCCUUCAAAAUGAACUCAAUAACUAUCUAUCAACUUUGAAAACAAAGCUUGUGGAAGUGAUCAAUGAGGACUAUGCGGACUACGUGGGGCUCAGCGGUCGUCUGGCGAACGUGGAGGGCUCGGUUGUGCGCAUGCGGAAGCCGCUGCUGGAACUCAGGGACAAGCUACAUGCCGUACAAGAGGCCGUCCGUUCCGAACUCAACUCCCUCAACCAGGGCCUCCGCCGGCGUCAGGAGGUGGCCGCCCAGCGGGGCCUGCUGGAGCUCACCCUGGAGGUGUCGCACGUGGCGGCCAAGGUGGACAAACUGCUGGAAGAGCUGGCGGCAGCGGAUGGGGGGAGGAGCGGGGAGAGCGGGGAGGGGGAGAGCAGGGAGGAAGCAGCCAGCAGCAGCCAGGUAGCAAGC